AUGGAGCAACAAGACCUCAUAUUGAAAACGAUCGACGAUUUUCACAAGUCGGAGAUUACCCUGGUGGAAUGGGAGACUCCUCUACUUGCGCGCCUGGGAUACCCUCUUGCGCCUAAAGCUGACUUCAUUUUCUUGAUCCCAGACGAACAAAUCCAACAAGCCAACCGCAUCGCUAGUUCUAAUGGUCUCUCAGACGACAAGAAACGCCUUAAUUCCUACCUCUCCGAACAUGCCAAGCGCGGUACUCGUUACGUUUCCGGCGAGCCACCUCGCCGCCUGAUUCUUCUGCCUCUCUCUUGGACGGGUAUUCAGAUGAACGAGCUCACUGCUAUUCCAUCAUCAAGCCCUCGCACAAUCUGGACAGUACCCCUUCCCGUAUUCUGCACCGCCUCUUUACGAAUCAUCAUGCAAGAGGAUCAUCAAAGUUACGCGCGUGCUAUGGCAAUCGCCGAUUUGACCAACGUUGUUGCCUACAGCAUGUUCGACAUGAGCUAUGAGGGUAACUAUAUGAAGUUUCCAGAGGAUGAGUUUGAUGAAAACGGCGAAAUUUCGCAAGAGGACAGACAGAAGAAUAUUGAGGCUGCGAAAGAGAAGGACACUCUGGAAAUGCAGAAUGCUCUCGAAACUAUGAGGGGUUGGAAGCUCACCAGGGAAAGCGAAUGGGCGCGAGAGAUGAUGAUGGAUUUGGUUUCUGGGAAGCGCGAGUAUCGGCGCUUACCUUGCCAGGACGAGAAGAGCAGCAAAUAA